AUGACUGACCGAGUGAAAUCCGUCAUUUUGCGUAUGCACAACUUGGAUAGAAAUGUACUUGCUGGAGGUCGUGUUCGUGGUUUGCCUGGGGCUCGAGCGAUGCCUACUUUGCAAUGGGACAACGAGUUAGCUUACUUAGCAAGAAUCAAUGCUAUGCAAUGUCAUUUCGGGCACGAUCAAUGUCACAAUACCGCACGGUAUCACUGGUCUGGUCAAAAUAUUGCCUGGAGUGGCGGAUUAGGAAAUGAUAUGCAAGCUAUUCGGUCUGCAAUUGACGGUUGGUGGAAGGAAUAUCGGCAGACACGGAAAUCAGAUAUUGAUCAUUUUGGGAACUCACGCGCCAUGAUCGGACAUUUCACGGCAAUGGCUCAGGAUAGGACAGAUCGUGUUGGAUGUGGAGCAGUGCGGUAUAACAGAAAUCAAAGAAUUGUCGUUUGCAAUUAUUCGUUCACGAAUUUGAGAGGAUCGUAUGUCUAUCGCAGUGGAAGAGCUACGUCUGGUUGUAAGACCGGCAAAAAUCCAUCAUUUCCUAAUUUAUGUAGUACACGUGAAAAGGUGAAUCCAAAUCCGUAGGAGAUAAUUUCUAACAUUUGUUCAGCAAUUUAAUUAAAUUUUGCAUUUGUACUAAAACAAAAUCA